UCACCAUUCAACUAACCAGUCACCACCUCCACCGUCGGAUUUCCGUGACUUACGCCCUCUGAAGUCUAUCGAUCGCUCGUUUUUCACGCGGGUUUCCGUAUUAGCAGCUCGUCAACCAUUCCUUCCCUUUACGCCAUGGAUUCACCGUCCGAUCCAGCCAGCAUGGACAUCACGCCAGCGCAACCGUCCGAUUCGCAACCCAAGCCCGCCGACGAAUCCGCAUCUGCCGCCAAGCCCGCCGACGCUGGCACUUCCGGUGCCGGCGAGGGCAGCACGGAGAAUUUCACAUCGGAAAAGGAAAUCAUAGCGAGAUGGAACGAGCUGCGCGGGGACAUCCAACGGCUAUAUUCGCGCAUCGCGGAGCACGAGCAGGAACUGGCUGAGCACCGCUUAGUCUCCGCUGCGAUCGAGGGCAUGGACCCCUCCCGCCGAUGCUUCCGCGCGGUGGGCGGAGUUCUGGUUGAGCGGCGCAUCGGGGAGGUCGUCCCCGCGGUCGCGCGCAACGCGGCGGCGCUCGACGCGGUGGUGAAGCAGCUCGCGGAGUCGCUAGCUAAGAAGCGGCAGGAUCUGGCGGCGCUGGAAACGCGGUUUAAUAUCCGCGUUAGGCCCGUGGACGAGGUGACCCGGGCGAGGGGCGGCGCGGGGGGGGGAGCAGGGGGAGGAGGCGGGGGGGGGAGCGCGGGAGGCGGAGCGGGCGGCCCAGGGGGAGCGGAGUCGAGCAAAGCGGCGGGGGCGUCGCAAGGGGUGCUCGUGGGGACGAGUGCUGCGCGCUAAGAGGCGGAUUGGAUUCGAUUUAAGCCCAGAUUCCUGAUAAGGGUCAGCUACUGGUAUCAGGCAUCAAACCUCAAUUCUUACUCAGUAGAUCAACAACCCAGGUUACCAUCUAGGGCUUGCAAUAGGGACACAAACAGGCAUCACCUGAUUUUAGGGGGAUUAAGACAUGAGAAUGUACUGUACACAAAGAGUAUUGGCCGGUACCGGUACUAGACUGGCACGUCAUGUCUGCAGUAUCAUGUCAUACCUAUCAUGUCCCAUGAAAGAUUUUACUCAAAAUCAAACAGUAUGAAUGUA